UUUAGUGGAACAGACGUCAUCCUCCACCACCUCCUCCUCUACCACCACUACCACCUCCUCCUCCUCCUCCUCCUCCUCCACCACCACUACCACCUCCUCCUCCACCACCUCUUCAUCUUCCUCCACCUCCACCACCUCUUCAUCUUCCUCCACCUCCACCACAACCACCUCCACCACUUCCUCAUCUUCCUCCACCACCUCCUCCUCCUCCACCACCUCCACCGCCUCCUCCCACUCGCCCCCCGUGGCCGCCGCCGCGAGCCAUGAAGCUCCAGUACAGCGUGCCCUCGGCCUUCCUGCUGCCCUUCCAGCUGCUGACGGCCGUCUACACGGCCGUCGCCUUCCUGCCCUGGUACCUGCUGACGGGCGCCCGCGAGCGCCUGGCCCGGGCCCGGCGGACGAAGGCCGCGUCCACCAGCGGCGAGCCGGCGGGCCCCUGGCGCGCCGUCGGGCGCGAGGACGGGCUGUCGAGCGCCGGCUUCGAGGACGCCCCGACGCUCGACCGCUUCUUCCUGCGGGGCGUGCGGGGACACGCGGAGAGCGACUGCCUGGGCACGCGCCAGGUGCUCAGCGAGGAGGACGAACGGCAGCCCAACGGGCGAGUCUUCAAGAAGGUGAUUCUGGGCGACUACCGCUGGAUGUCGUUCCGCGAGCUAGACACUCGCGCCGAGAACUUUGGCCGGGGCCUGCUGGCGCUGGGCCACGAGGCGCGCCGCCCCGUGGCGCUCUUCUGCGAGACGCGGGCCGAGUGGAUGCUGGUGGCACAGGCCUGCUUCAAGUACAACUUCCCCGUUGUGACGCUCUACUCCACGCUGGGCACGGACGCCGUGGUUCACGGCCUCAACGAGUCGGAGGUCACCAUGGUGAUCACCAGCUGCGAGCUGCUGGGGAAAACACUCAAGGGCGUGCUCUCCCGCAUGCCGCGCGUCACCCACAUCGUGCACGUGGACCCCCGCCCCCCCCCCACGCGGAGGGGAGGGGGGGCGGGGGGUGGCCCCCCCUCGUCGCCCGGGGGCUGGGACCCCACCCCGCCCCCCCCCGGGGUGUCGCUGCUCAGCCUGGAGCACGUGGAGAGCCUGGGGGAGCAGAACCCACAGAUGGCGGAGAGACGCUGCCCGCCCGUGCCCUCUGACCUGGCCGUGGUGAUGUACACGAGCGGCUCCACGGGGCUGCCCAAGGGGGUGAUGAUGUCGCACGCCAACCUCAUCGCGGGCAUGUCCGGCCAGUGCGAGAAGAUACCCGACCUCGGGCCGGACGACAUCUACAUCGGCUACCUGCCGCUGGCUCACGUCCUGGAGCUGAGCGCCGAACUCUCCUGCCUGUGCUACGGCUGCCGCAUCGGUUACUCCUCACCACUCACGCUCUCCGACCAGUCGAGCAAGAUUAAGAAGGGUAGCAAGGGCGAUGUCAGUGUCCUGAGACCCACACUCAUGGCAGCUGUCCCGGAGAUCCUGGACCGCAUCCACAAGUCGGUGCUGGCUCGUGUGCAGGGCAUGAGCGCCCCACAGCGGGCGCUCUUCAAACUCGCCUACAACUACAAGCUGGACCAGGUCAGCAAGGGCUACGACGCCCCCCUCUGUAACUGGCUGGUGUUCCGCAAGGUCCGUGCGACGCUGGGGGGCCGCGUGCGUCUGAUGCUGUCGGGGGGGGCCCCGCUGUCCCCCCAGACGCAGCGCUUCAUGAACGUGUGUUUCUGCUGCUCGGUGGGGCAGGGCUACGGCCUCACAGAGACCUGCGGAGCCGGAACCAUCUCCGAGGUGUGUGAUUUCAGUACGUGCCGUGUGGGAGCGCCACUCAGCUGCUGUGAGAUCAAACUCAGAGACUGGGAAGAGGGCGGCUACCGCGUGACCGACCGUCCGUACCCGCGGGGGGAGAUCCUGGUGGGGGGGGGCAACGUUGCCGUGGGUUACUACCGGGACGAGCGCCGGACCGCCGAAGACUUCUUCACCGAGCCGGCGAGCGGCCAGCGCUGGUUCUGCACCGGCGACAUCGGCCAGAUGCACCCAGACGGGUGCCUGCAGGUCAUCGACCGCAAGAAGGACCUGGUGAAGCUGCAGGCGGGCGAGUACGUGGCGCUGGGCAAGGUGGAGUCGGCACUGAAGAACUGUCCCCUGGUGGACAACAUCUGUGCCUACGCAAACAGCGAGCAGGCCUACGUCAUCGGCCUGGUGGUGCCCAACCGAGUGCGCCUGACGCACCUGGCGGGCCAGAAGGGUGUGGGGGGCUCCUGGGAGGAGGUGUGCAACAGCCCCCUGCUGGAGGCCGAGGUGCUGCAGGAGAUCCGCGACAUGGCCGUCAAAGUGAAGCUGGAGCGCUUCGAGGUGCCGCGCAAGGUCCGUCUGAGCGCCGAGGCGUGGACCCCCGAGACGGGGCUGGUGACGGACGCCUUCAAGUUGAAGCGCGUGGCGCUGCGCACGCACUACCAGCACGACAUAGAGCGCAUGUACGCCGCCAAGGACGCGUGUACACACAGACACGUAACACACAGAGACACGUGUACACACGUAGACACGUACACACGUACACACACUGCGCACGCACUACCAGCACGACAUAGAGCGCAUGUACGCCGCCAAGGAAGUCGUACACACACGUAC